UGAGGAGCAACAUUGUAUAGACAUAUUAACGCACCUUCCUCCAUUUGUCAUUUAUAUAAAAAUAUGUCGCAAAAUCUUAGCUUUGCCUACAAAGAUUUUAUAUAUGGUCAUCCACUAAUCAGCUUUUGAUCAGAAUGGUUUUAAUUGAUUGUAAGAUGGCAUUCUGACAGAGUACUACUGAGUUCUUUGGUUGAUAAAAUAAAAAUGAUUUACAAUACAAUAUUUGCCAAAAGCUUUAGUCGUUAUGAGCAGAAAAAACUGGGAUAUGGAGCAUUCGUUGGCUUUUUGCUCAUAGUUUUGAGUCUUUGCAUAUUUAAACCUUACUUGGGUCCUAUAUAUGAUUUGAACAUCAAGCUCUCAAUUGGCGUUGACACCAAAUUGUUGAUGGUCAAUGACACCAGUGGCUCUCUAAAAAUAGCCGAAGAUGAUAGAAUUGUACCAAAGAACCCAGUCAAUGCCACAAGAAUAUCUCAUUUGUCAGAUGAUAGAAUUGCACCAAAGAACCCUGUCAAUGCCACAAGAAUAUCUCAUUUGUCAGAUGAUAGAAUUGUACCAAAGAACCCUGUCAAUGCCACAAGAAUAUCUCAUUUGUCAGAUGAUAGAAUUGCACCAAAGAACCCUGUCAAUGCCACAAGAAUCUCUCCACAAAUGGCUAAAGUUGCAGAUAAUGCAACGAAGACUCUCAUCAAUGACACCAGCAUCUCCCCACCAAAAGCCGAAGUUGAAAAAUUAGAAACAAGAAAAGUAGAGCAAGAGCAACCACUAUGUGUUUCAGAAGCAAGAACAGAAUACUGCCAAACCCAAGGAGAUAUCCGGGUGCAUGGAAAAUCCUCCUCCGUUUACAUUGUGUCACGCAAAACAAACAGCCUGGCUGAAAACGUGUCAUGGAUUAUAAGGCCAUAUGCUCGGAAGAGUGAUGCAUAUACAAUGAGUAGUGUAACAAAAUGGUCAGUAAAGACUGUAAAACCUACCCACCAAGUCUCACAGUGCACCAAAUACCACAGCAUUCCAGCAGUAAUAUUCUCUACGGCAGGAUACACUGGAAACCAUUUCCAUGAAUUCAGUGACAUUGUCAUUCCACUGUUUUUGACUUGUAGACAAUUUAAUGGACAAGUACAGCUUAUCAUAACUGAUAAGAAGUCUUGGUGGAUUUCCAAACACCAAGCAUUUCUUAAAAAACUGUCUAAUUAUGAAAUUAUUGACAUUGAUAGAGAUGAUGAAUUGCAUUGCUUCCCUAAGGUGAUCAUUGGCCUUAAAAGGUAUCAUAAAGAGCUAAGCAUUGACCCACAGAAGUAUUCCUAUUCUAUCAAAGACUUCAGGGAUUUUUUGAGAAGUUCUUAUUCACUGAAGAGAGUGAGUGCAAUCAAAAUUAGAGAUAUUGGUAAUCAAAGUAAGAAACCUAGGCUCCUGAUUCUCUCCAGAAAAACAUCAAGAUCCUUCACUAAUACAAAUCAAAUAGCAAAAAUGGCUAAAGGGUUGGGUUUCAGAGUAAUUGUUAUGGAAGCAGGAAGGAACAUGAGGAGUAUUGCAAAUGUUGUAAACUCUUGUGAUGUACUAAUGGGAGUUCAUGGUGCAGGUCUUACUAACAUACUUUUCCUUCCUCAAAAUGCAAUUUUCAUCCAAGUUGUGCCUUUUGGUGGAAUGCAAGUGGAAUGGCUUGCCACAAAUGAUUUUGCAAGGCCCUCAGAGGAUAUGAACAUAAAAUACUUGGAAUAUAAAAUAAGGUUGGAUGAAAGCACUCUUAUACAACAGUAUCCAUUAGACCAUAUGAUUAUAAAGGAUCCCUCAUCAAUUGAAAAACAAGGAUGGGAAGCCUUUAGGUCAGUGUAUUUUGACAAACAAAAUGUAAGGCUUGAUGUUAAUAGGUUUAGACCAACAUUACAGAAAGCCCUUGAGUUAUUGCAUCAAUAAGGUCUAGUUUUUGAUCUAGUUAGUUGGAUUCUUUGGGUUGUCAUUGUUAGUAAUCAGUUGAGAUAUCCAUAAUUUAUUAAUAUGUUUUUAUCCAUUGUAUUUUCCUAAAAUAGCAAACAGAAUAUUUGUAUUUGUAUUAGUGGAGUUUCAGGCAUGGUUUUGGGACAUCUUGCAAAUAACAAACAAUUUAGGUUAAUGUUGUGUUUGAUUAUACAAUGACCAAAAUUAGUUUAA